UAAAGACAAAAGAAGAAGCAUAUAUAAAAGAAACCAACCGUUUCACUCCCGCCUUCACAGCUGUCUUUAAUGAUUAGCCAGCUUGACCAAUGAUCCUCUCACAUCACUGUCACGGUAUUCUAAAUAACGGUCCAGUGAAAGAUCCCAUCCCUAACGGUCGAUUCGCCACGUGGAGUAAUCUCACUCGGUUUUGUUUAUAUAUAGAGCUGAUCGUUUACUUGCUAACCAAAACUCUCAAAGAUAACAACGACACUCUCUGUUUCUCAUGGCUACAGAUCAAGAAAACCUACUCUCAGAUGAUUACCAAGAAACGGCGGCGUUUUGCGGGUGUAGGUAUCUCUGUAACUUCUGGUGGAGAAGAAGAGGAGACGGUGGCUGGAGCGGUAAUCUGCGGGAAGAAAAAGGAGAAAGUUGGUGGAGCAGGAAACUUAAGGGGCCAAAAGAGAUUUCUGAGAAAAUUGCGGGGCCAAAGUGGAAAAACUUUAUAAGAAGUUUUAGCAAUGGGAGGAAGAAGAUGAAGAGGGAUGUGGACUUCACGUACGAUCUCAAAAACUAUAGUCUUAAUUUUGACGACGGAGGCGGCGAAGAUUCUUCACCUGAGAGGUUUAUAGCUGCUCCAGCUGUUAUAAAAGUUUGAUAUUUUUUGUAUUAUUUUUUUAAUUGAUCGUGUUUGUUAUAAAUGUUAAUACCAAACAUAUACAAAGAGGUUAUAAAAUAAUUUAGGCGUUACUUGUUGUUCAAUCGCCACUCCAAGUUAGAUUAUGUCUACUAUUUUCUACUUGUAACCCUUUUCACACCAAACAAAGCUUUUCUACAUUUGUUAGAAGAUCAUUCAUGUAA